UGGAAAUACACCAAUCAGAAUCACACCAAAGAUGAAGCCCGCUUUCUCCUUCGUCUUCAUACUCUCCCUUCUUCUUCUGGUUUCUAGCCCUAGCCAUGCCAGAAAAGAUCUCGAAGCCUACUGGGAGAAGAAGAUGAAGGGACUGCCCAUGCCUGAACUGAUCAAAGAUCUUGUUCUUCAGGAUCAGCCGUCUGUGUCUGAUGCAGACAAAGAUCUUUUCGUUAAGGACUUCGAUGUGAAGCCUAACGUCAUUAUAUAUCACAGCCACCAUGUGGAAUCUCAUCAAGACGAGAAGAAGAUGAAGGAUAAGGCUUUUGGGGAGAAGCUUGAAGAAGAGAAGUUGGCUCAAUAAAUUAAUGAAAGGGACCAUAGCUUCUACAAUACUCCGUUAUGUUUGUUGGAAUAGUGGGAAUUAAUAGUCAACUAGUGUUUUCAUUGAAGUUUGUUUUGCAGGGAAGAGAGAGAGAGAGAGAGUUAUUAAUGAAUUUUAAUGGAUAAACAUCCUCUGCUUCUGGUGCUUGUUUUCUGAUUCUGCACAAUAUUCAUAGGAAUCUAAUCUUGUCUUGUUCCUUUUCACCCAUUCGAGGUUCAGAUCAUUAAAAA